CACCGAUUCGUAAUUUUUAAUACGGAACCGGUUCCGGGGUUUCCACUGGUUCUAAUCGGCAGGGGCGCGCCUUUUUGUCAAAAAUCCCGGAAAGCGUCGAUGCCGACGUACACACACCAGUCACGACCAGGCGAGAGGCCCGAGGCAUACCACAGCAGACGCGAUGAACCCACACCAUGAACAACAACGCCGUAGCAGCGGCAGGCCGGCCAUCUAGAUCGAAAUCGGUGCCUCUGAGACUGCAGGAUGCAGGUGAAAGUGGUACUGGUGCUGGGCAUUGGGUCCCCCAGACCACGCCAGCUGGCACCGCCAUCGGGCACCGAGCGGCAUGGCCCACCAGGCCGUUCACAGCAGGGUUAUCCCACAUCCCGGUACACAACAGGGGGUGCCACCUGGCGCGGGGAUAAUGCCGGGCUUCUCGGCCGACGCUGCUCGGUAAGCUCGUCAGGCGGCCGUAGCAAAGGUUCUCAACGACAAGCGAUUUCGCGGCGCCCCACAAAGAAAUUGGAGCGAGUCGGAGAGCGGCGACGACGACGAGGGGGGGGGCAGCCCGACGUCAAGUGGCAGCAGCAAUGUUUCGGUAGAGGACAGUUCAGCUCCGUCGGACAUUGGCCCACAGUCGGGAGAUGUCGUGUUCGAAAAGGAAAUUCGGGAAGCAAUGACCGGGGAGGGGGAGCGGGCACGAGGAUCAAGAACCACGGCAAGCGGGAGGCGAGCGCCGGCGGCAGCUCCGGCAGCAAGGAUGUCCUGGUGGCGGCCCUGCGAUCUCUCGACGCCAACAUGAAACGGUCAUCUCCGUACUUCGACGACCUCGAUGCUGUCGCAGCCGGUGAGUUGCUGGUACCGUGUAGAUUCGCCGUCAAUUAGAGUACCAGCAGACGACACAAAGUAUCGACAAAAUAUAGGAAGUAAAUGCUGCAGUUGAACGCAGUGUGCGCAGAGGAAACAAAACAAAAUACUGUGUGUGUGUAGUGCCCGCUUCAAAUCAACCUAUUUGUACAGGAGCACGUACGGCAUGCUCGAGAGCUGUUU